CUCCCAGACGUCGAAGAUGUGGAGUUGUUGAGUUCAGACGUGACUGGAACGUAGGGAAAAUGCCGGAGCAAUGCACGACAAUAGAAUUGAACAAAGACUACAGUAGAGAUGAGAUAGAGGCAAUUAAAAUGGGAAUCGGUGACGUUCCAAACGACGACAAAUGGUUUGUUGACUACGACAAGUCAAACAACAAGCUACGGAUGCACAGACAACUGACCGGAUAUUGCAUAUAUGUUGUGCAGUUUGAGGAGAACAAAGAGAAGGGAUCAUUCACAGCAAAGACAGUUAUUGUAAACAGAGAUUCAUCUCAAUAUACGGGUAAUAAUGAUGAGGAAGAUAAGCUUACAGUAUCAAUGCUGAUGGACAGAGUCAUUCUAGAGCACACCGUCCAGAAACAGGACUGAUACUUUAGUGCAGAGCAGUUUCUUCAACAUAUGUUAGUGCACUCAACAAGUUGCAUGUGCUAGCCAUGAGAGACUAGAACAUUUAUCAUACCAAAAUUAUAUGGCUUUAAUGCAAUGCAUGUAUAAGACGUACUAGUAGUAAAUAAGAAAAUAAAAAGUAAAUAAAUAAAAUGAUAAAAUAUACUUAUAGUAAUGUGUCUUUGCAGUCCAGACCCCUGUGCACUGUAAGCAGCGUGAA